CCCAACUCGGGCAGCGGAGCAAAAGAAAAGAAGAAUUCCAAGGAAUCAGGAAACACUGAGAAAUAGUAGAAGAGAAAAGAAACUAUCAGUAUAAAGAAAGAUGCAGACCUGAGGGUGAUUUCCCCGUCCUCUCGGCCCAGCGAAGUGUGAGACUAAACAGCGUGCCUUGAGGAAGACUGAAGGGAAGAGGGACGAUGGGGUUCGGACGGGACCUGCGGAACUCCCACGACGGGCUGUUGAAGCUGCAGGACUGGGAGCUGAAGCUGCUGGAGACGGUGAAGCGCUUCAUGACGCUACGGGUGAAGAGCGACAAGGAGUACGCUUCACUUCUCCUCAAUAUCAGCCAGCAGGUGGAAAAGCACGACAACUCCUCCCAGAUGGACUACAUCAGCAACGUCUCCAAGUCUUGGGCCCACAUGGUCCAGCAGACGGAACAGCUGAGUAAGAUCAUGAAGUGUCACGCGGAGGAGCUGAACUCGGGCCCUCUGCACAGACUCACCAUGAUGAUCAAAGACAAGCAGCAGGUCAAGAAGAGCUACCAGAGCAUCCACACACAGAUCGAGUUCGAGAUGAACAAGGUGACAAAAAGUGACCUAGAAAAGUUAAAGGGCACCUAUAGACAAUUGACAAAGGACGCCCACAGUGCCAAAGAAAAAUACAGAGAAGCAAUGGUGAAAGGCAAGGAGCCAGAGAAGGCGAGGGAGCGCUACGACAAGACCACUAUGAAGUUGCACAACCUCCACAACCAGUACGUGUUGGCGGUGCGGAGCGCCCAGCUCCACCAGGAGCACUACCACGACACCACGCUGCCCCUCCUCCUCGACUCCCUGCAGAAGAUGCAGGAGGAGAUGAUCAGUGCACUGAAGGGGAUUUUGGCGGAAUACAGUGAAAUUACCAGUCUCUUAACUGAUGAAAUAGUAAAGGUCCACAAAGAAAUACACACGUCCAUUGACCAAAUUGACCCCGUGUCAGAGUAUGAACACUUCAUUGAGGUCUACAGGUCUCCAGAAACCAAAGAACCGAAUGUAGAAUUUGACAUUUCACUGCUGGAGGAAACAGAGAAUCUUCAAGCAAACGAGAUCCUAUGGAACAAUUUGACUGCAGACAGUUUACAAGCGAUGCUAAAAUCCACAUCAGAUGAGCUGGUCCUCACUCAGCAGAGCCUACGCAGCAAGGAGGAUCUUAUGCAGGACCUGGAGAACAAGAUCGAGGAGUCCACCAGAACAUGUGAAAGGAAGUCUGAUGCGGUUCUGCUGCUCAGCCAGAAGCAGUCUCUGGAGGAUCUGAGGCAGACUGUCCAGUUGCUGCGCUGCACCGUGGCCAAGCUGGGUGCCCAGAAGGACCUGCUCGACCACAAGAUGCAGGAGAACGAGGGCAAGGAGCUGCCCCCCAUGGUCAACUAUGAGGACGAUGCGCGUUCAGUCAACUCCAUGGACAAAGGCAAAGACAAGAUAUCAAAGUUUGACACCUUGCGUCAUUCCAUCGCCGGUAUCAUCCGCUCUCCGAAAUCUGUCCUUGGCUCAUCAUCUCAGUUUUUUGACGUGAUCCCGACCAGUGAGAAGCCCCUGGGGGACCAGGAGUGGUACCACGGGGCCAUCCCCAGGACCGAGGCCCAGGAGCUGCUCAAACAGCAAGGCGACUUCCUGGUCCGGGAGAGCCAUGGCAAGCCUGGCGAGUACGUCCUGUCUGUCUUCUCCGACGGACAACGGAGACACUUCAUCAUCCAGUUUGCAGACAACCAGUAUCGUUUUGAAGGCACGGGCUUCCCAACCAUUCCUCAGUUAAUUGAACACCAUUACACCACAAAGCAAGUCAUUACCAAGAAGUCAGGGGUGGUGCUUUUAAACCCAGUCAUCAAGGAUAAAAAAUGGAUACUCAACCAUGAGGAUGUUCUUCUUGGAGAGCUUCUUGGCAAAGGCAACUUUGGCGAGGUAUUCAAAGGAACAUUGCGGGACAAGACUCCUGUGGCAGUCAAGACAUGUAAAGAGGAUCUUCCACAGGAGCUGAAGAUUAAGUUCUUAUCAGAAGCCAGGAUCCUGAAGCAGUAUGACCACGCCAACAUUGUGAAGCUGAUAGGCGUCUGCACACAACGGCAGCCUAUUUACAUUGUGAUGGAGCUCGUAUCAGGAGGGGACUUCUUGUCGUUCCUCCGGAAGAAGAAGGAAGACCUGAAGACCAAACAGCUGGUGAAGUUUUCUUUAGAUGCUGCUGCAGGAAUGGCUUACCUCGAGCUCAAAAACUGCAUCCACAGGGAUCUGGCUGCCAGGAACUGUCUGGUAGGAGAAAGCAACCUGCUGAAGAUCAGCGACUUUGGGAUGUCGAGACAAGAGGAUGAUGGGAUCUACUCGUCGUCCGGCCUCAAACAGAUCCCCAUCAAGUGGACGGCUCCAGAGGCAUUAAAUUAUGGGAGAUACAGCUCGGAGAGUGACGUGUGGAGCUAUGGGAUCCUCCUAUGGGAAACGUUUAGUCUCGGAGUGUGUCCUUACCCUGGGAUGACCAACCAGCAGGCCAGAGAGCAAGUGGAGAAAGGCUACAGAAUGUCCUGUCCACAAAAGUGCCCUGAUGAGGUUUACAAAGUCAUGCAGAAGUGCUGGGAGUACAAGCCUGAAAACCGGCCGAAGUUUGCCGACCUUCAGAAAGAACUGGCCUCGGUCAAGAAAAAAUAGCACCCAGGUAGGGGAAGGGGGACCAAGUCAUGCAUCACCUCCAGGGAAUCAUCCCCUUACAACCCGAAGUAAACACCACAGAACGUUACGUCCUUGAUGCUACUUGUCUUGAUUGUAUUUACGGUUUAUACUUUGUCACAAAAUCACUGUGCUAUUUGCCUAUGCAACUGUUUUGAGCCAUUAUCGAGGAGAGAGGCCUCUGCUUAGCUUGGAUCAGUCAAAAUACGACCGUAUUUCUUUUUAAACCUGGUGUUCUUUUAUUCCUGUUCCUUUCUUUCACCUCUUACUGAACCUCAGCAAACUUCAGGUAUUUGAGGAAAGAUCGUGUAAAAUACAUAACACGAUCAUGCUCCGUGGCGCGUACAGUGAGCUCCAACCGUACUGGGACAGUGACAAAUGGUACAAAUUAUAUUUGUGCAUCAUGAUUCACAAUUCAUUCAGGAUUAUCUGUAAUCGUGGUACCAUCCAUAUUAAUACAGAAGUGUUGAGAAGCAAAUUAUAUUCAUAUUUACAAUAAAAGUGACUCCAAAAUGGCGCAAUACAUAAUUUACCAUUAAUUUCUAUUGGGCCCAAAAUAAUCUGAAACCACAUUAAACAGCAAAUGCGUCCACAGACUUAAUGUAAUCAUUGGGUCCCAUAUUCAUAGCACAAACUUUUUACUGUCUAAAUUCUUUUGGUGCCCUAAAAUGGGGCGACUAUGUACAAAAAGUGCUGUAAUUUCUGAACGAUUCUCUCAAUUUGGAUUAAAAAAAAUACCUUCAAAUUAAAGCUGACAGUCUGCACUUUAACCUCAGUCAUUGUAUCAUUUCAAACCCAAAGUGCAGGAGUACAAAGCCAAAACAACAACAAAUGUGUCACUGUCCCAAUAUUUUUUUUUUUAGGGCCCUGAGUUUGGUCCUGUUAAGGUAGCAUGGUUUAUGAGGAAGUGAAAAAGUUCUGGGCCUCCGUGUAGCUGUGCAACCUCCAAAACAGACAGAAAAGGUAGAUGCACUCUGUAGCUCAUUUCAGUCUUUAGACAGAUUGCAUAUGAGUGUUCUGUUGUUCUCUUUACCAGCAGAUCAUACCUAGGGGGUUAUUAUUGUAUGUCUCAAGCUUGACUUUCCAGGAAGAUAAAUACUUCUAGCUGAAAGUCUUGUUUGUGACAUUUUGAGAUCAGCUACAAUGUCUUUCCAAAGAUCAAGUAUUCUCUUCACGCACACCAUUCAAUCUCAGAAACCUUUUCAGUUUAACAUAACAAGGAUAAGUGCAAUUUGUUACACCAUUUUCCUAUAUUCAGGCUAUAUAAUGCAGAAAUAUUGCAAUAAGACUGCUUUAAUUAUAAAGUGAAUGAACUUCUAAGUUGUGUAUUUGUAAUUAAUACAAUUUUACUUUGAAUUAUUUAAUUUAAAGACCCUCCAGAUUGCGGCCUCAUUUCUAAGUAUUGGUCUCAGUCAGUUGUUACAACAACCUCAAUAGUUUUGUAUGAUCUGAAAAUUAGAAUGUGUCGUAACUGUACUAUCUGACGUUUCGCAUUUUGUGUCAAAAACAGUCCGCUGUUACAUUAGCCAUGACAGUUAAGGAGCUCAUGCAUUCAUUUGUGUUAUUUUCUACUUCAAACAGACUAUUUUUGGUGAAACACACAAUUGUAAAUCGUUGAUAGACAUUGCAUUCAGUAAUGUACAGUGAACUAGUUUUCAUUAAGUAUACUUAGAGCCAGUUUUAUCUGACCAUGCAUCAUGACAGGAUAAAACACUGGGACCUAGGGAUCGAAUCAAUCUAUUGCAAUUCGCAGAAGAUCGGCGGUAUGGCGUGAUUGAAAUGUAAAGAUCAUUUUUAAUUGAGCCGACAUAUGCAGCAUUUACCGGGAAUGUUGCCUUUUAAAUUUAAAUCGUGCUUUAGCGUGAAUUUUCUGCAACACUGAUUGAAUUGAGCCCCUAGGCCUAGUCAAUAACUAGGGGCUCCAGUUUUUCCUGGCUCUUUAGUGAAUUAGCUAUUCCAGACACAUCUGUAUUCGGUCAUUCCUCUAAGGCUGCCAUGUUGACUCCAUGUAGCCAAGCUCCUUGCCAUUUUGUGCUGACAGUCCAGGUGUGUGUCUUUUUAAAAGCAUCUUCUGUGAAUUAAACACAUCACAUCCAUCUCACUUCUUGUCUUUUGAAUUUUACAAACAUUCCUCUUCCUGUAUUUUGUAAAUACUUGUAGAUGCUAUAACCUUUUUCUACAUUGUUUUUUGAAUACUAAUCUGAGAAAAAAAAUGCAAUCAUGCAAAUGUAGGUCACUAUUUAGGAUAGUUUCUUCCAAUGGUUUAUUUUGAUAAAGAAAAUGUUCUGUUUUGCAUCUGCAUGAUUCAUUUGUACAUUUUUAGUAUGUAUAAAAGAUAUUUGGAAAGAUCCUCCUGUUUCCUAUCCUCUGUAUACAAAUGUCAAACUGUCAUGACCUCGUCUGUUGUCUCUCCAAUGACAUCCUAUUUACCAUGUAGUGCACUACAUGGUAAAUGGGUUGCCGUUUGCAGACUGGAGUAAGUUAUUCAGUCGUUUCUCCAGUCAAAUUACCCCCAGAUUGGUUCUCUUGCGUUCCAGACAAACUAGUUAGAGCUUUAGUUUUAAACCCCCAAAAACCAUUGAUUUGUACUUUUUUUUAUUAACAUGGUCUUUAAUAACAAAAUGGGUGAUUACAUCAUAACUACUGGUUGAUGAGCGCAAUAUAUUUCGGUUUAAGCAAAUUUAAGGCGUAACCCUUUUAUUUAUUUGACACUAAAGUAAUAUCCUCUGCAUUUUGUAUCAAUAUAAUUUGCCAGUUUUUUUAUAGAAUUUGUUUUCUAUUUUUAUUAUGCAAAGUGACCAAGUCUAGAUUUUCCCAUGCGUAGUUGGAGAUUCACCUCUACACUACUGGCCAAUGCAUGAUAUGCAAACCAUUAUUACAUCGGUGUUGAAUGGAAUUGUAUUUUCUUUUGUUACUCAUAUUUUAGUGACUAAUUCUGCUUCACAAUUCAACGUGAAUGCCUCGUGCUGUAUCAUCGUUUAUUUACUCCAAGGCCAACUUUACAGCAUUUGUGCGUUAUUGACCGCUUUUCCUAAAGUAUAUUGCUAAUAUUUGAGUCUGUGUCAGACUAAUUUAAAGGGCUGGGAUAUUUAUUGCCACAAUAGAGACCUUAUAUAUUUUGAUUGCACUUUUGGCCAUGUUAAAGACACUAUCAGAAAAGGCACACUAGUACCUGUUGUGUUCAUUGUUUAGCUCAACAUGCUUACCUUUUAAUAAAGACCAUAUCUAAAGUAAAAAUAAAUUUAAAAAAAGUGGACAAUGCACUGGAUUUAAUCAAAUUAAUGUUACACGGUUACCCCACUUCAGAGUAAGAAUUGAACAAUGUCCUUAACUGUAUUUUCCCCUUGUUAAUGAUCAAAUCUCAUGUCCUGUUUUUUUAUACUGUGUACUUGCAAUAAAUCUCUUGGCUCUUUGAA